AAUAAAUAAUAGUAAUAAUGGUUGAAAUUAAAUCAUUAAUUUUAAUUUAUUUAGUUAUAAGACUAAACUGAAAACGUUGAAAUUUUUGCUAGGAGGCACAACAUAUAAUAUACUACAGGAGUACGACCAAUGUGCUCCCAUGGAACCCAGUUAUCUUGCCAUAUCUCAAAAGGGGACGGUUGGAGUCUAUUAGGCAUUUUCUAGGCAUAAAAGUCAAUCGCCAACUCAUCACCGCAUUGGUGGAGAGAUGGAGAAAGGAGACACAUUGUUUAAACUUUCGCGAAGGAGAGUGCACCAUCACACUCAAGGACGUCGCCAUCCUAACUCAUCUGCCUAUCGACGGUAAAGCGGUGUGUGAGUGAUCACCCCCCCCCCCCCCCCCGAGGAUCGUGUCGGUAUGACCGGUUGGCAGUAUUUCAUCCACAGUGUUUUGGGGGUGAAAGUACCAACCAAGGGGAGCGUUGAUGCGACGGAUCGCUUGCCACCAUUGAGGAAAGGCCAAGUAUCAAUCACUUGGUUGACGAAGUAUUUUAGGGAUCAUCACGAUCCUGAAAAAGAUGGGGUGCCCCUAACCGAGGAAAGUCCGGAGCUGGAGAAGGAAAGAUAUACUCGUUUCUAUCUCAUAGGCAUGAUAGGAGGAGUAUUCUCCAAAAAAACGAGCAAUUUAAUUAGCUGUGGAUGGUUUAGGAUCCUCCUUGGUAGUUGGGAUGCGAUGGGGGCGUUGAGCUGGGCAUCCGCUUGCCUAGCUAAUAUCUACCACCAUUUGUGCAACGCAUCUCUCAAAGUUGUGAGGGAGGUCGGCGGCGCAAUGUUCAUCGUCCAGUAUUGAGCUUGGGAGCAUCUUCCAUGGGUUGCACCGCUCCAAUGUCCCGACAGAAAUUGGGGUCUCGAUCAUCCCUUAAGACUCGAAGCUUAUGGUUGUAGGUAAAUUUCUCAUACCCCAUCAUGAUUUUAAUAAACUAUGUCGACUACUCUUCCGAUUGUCAUGCUCUAGUAUUUCUGUGACUUCAAUGGCAGAGAUUGGCAGCGCCCGAACACCCUUGUAGGCAGAAUUGAUACUCUCUGAUGAGUUCGUUGUGGCCAUACCCCACCUUGUACCUCCGUCUUUAUGAAAUGUCCACAUGGAUAGGUCGUGUCCAUCCAGCCACUGUGCCUCUUCAGGGCAUAACUCGCGCAUCUUCUGCAACUUCUCCUGGAAUUUUUUUCUCCUGGUAUGCAACAGCCGAGGUCAUCACAAUCAAGUAUUACGUUAGUAAUAAUUCGGCAAUUUAUUA